UAUUUAAACUCUUUUUCACACUCCAGAGUCUACCAUAUACAAACUGUAAGAUAAGAUUCAUACAUAGAGAGAGAGAGAGAUUCAAACACAAACUCUUUUUCUCGAUCAGAAGGUUCUAAGCAACGAUGGACGCUUUUGAUGGACUUCCUGAUCCUAUCGUCGUCGAUAUCUUGGACAAAGUCGGCGACGUCAAAACCUUGCUUCGUUGCAGUUCCCUCUCUAAGCGAUUCUACUCGCUCGUCCCUCAGUCCGAGUCACUCUUCCUCCGUCUCGACCAUGUCGUUUCCACCGAGUCACCACCCGAUUCUCCCGUCAGCAAUUUUUUAAAAUCUUUAUGCAAACCCUUUCACGGUUUGUUCUCUCUGUUUUCUAAACCAACCCCUACCACGAAUCUUUCUCCGGUUAUCCCUUCCAAGAUUCUCUCCCGGUUCGACCGGAUCAAGAACUUGGACAUGGAGCUUCCCGGCGGCGAUGUAAGUCUCGAGAAAGGCGCCGCCGUUAAGUGGAAAGCAGAGUUUGGUAAAACUCUCAAAACCUGCGUCGUCGUAGCGUUUCGCUCCGCCUCCACCGUGUCUUCUUCCUCCGACGGUGAGUCAGACGCCGAGUUCGUGACUGGUCUGAAAACGCGCGUGGAGUGGACGAUAAACGCGUUGAUGGCCGCGUCGACUCGUCACCACCUGAUGAGCCGAGUCGUGAAGGAGCACAAGGAGAUGGAGAGCUUAGUGAUGCAUGAAAGAGGAGGAGAAGGGACGGUAGUGAUGAAAUCCGAGGGGUUGAAAGAGUUUCGAAAGGCGGCGCGUGAUCAAGAAGUCGAGGAGCGCGUGGAGAAAAAACAGAGGAGUGUGGUCCCGAGCGUGAGGAUGAGCAUGAGACACGCUCCGUCGCUUAAGCUAAAGAGUGGCAUAUGUUUAGAAUCCGCAACGCUCGUGAUCGUAAGGCCGAGCCAGGAAUAUUCUGACGUCGGAGAUGAUGAGCUGGCGACGGAGGCUUUCGCCGGGAGUUGUAUGUACGGUGAAGCGGUCGCGGCUUUGUUGAAGCGUAGUAAGAACACCGUGGAUAUGAACUCGUUUUGAUGGGGCCUUGUAAUAACGGGCCUUGUUGGGGCCUUGUGAGAAAUGUUUUUUCUUCUUCUUGCACGUGUGCAGUGUGUGCAUGUUUAUAUCUUAAUCUUAUACUGUACAAAGUUGGCUUCAACGUUCUUCACUUAUAUUAGCAUUUACCAUUUUGGUCAAUAUGUCGAAUCAUAUAUGCGGAUUUUGAUUCUCUC